AUGUCUGUCCUGGACACAACCAAGGACCUGGCGGCCUUGUUUGCCAAACAAGUCCAACUCACCCCUGAUGGAAUUGCUCUGGAAGAUGAGAAUCGAAGUCUCACCUACGCCGAGCUAGAUAAGGAGACGUCAGCCCUGGCUCACGAGCUCCGUAUUCGUGGUGUGACGCGGGACAAGCUCGUCGGUAUCUUGCUGGGGCGGAGCGCCGACUACGUGAUAGCUUGCCUGGCAGCUCUGCGAGCAGGUGGCGCCUUUCUGGUCUUGGAACUCGCAUAUCCUCCAGGGCUCCUAUCUGAUGUCAUCGAAGAUGCAGGGCCUACUGUCAUCAUCACUCAUAGAGCCCAUGUUGGAAAGGUUUCCGGCAGCUCAAAUCUCAUUAUCCUAGACGAAUGGGUGAAAGAGGCAAACGGCGCACCUGCUACCAAUGGCACGACAGAGACACUGUCUCCUCUGCCAGCAGAUGAUGACUUGGAGAGACUCGCCUUCGUUUCGUAUUCGAGUGGAACCACGGGCCGGCCGAAAGGCAUCGCCAACCCACAUAGUGCACCUGUCCGGUCUUAUGACCUGAGAUUUCGUCUCAGUGAUCUGCAACCGGGUGACCGUGUCGCCUGUAAUGUGUUCUUUGUCUGGGAGAUCCUACGACCAUUGAUUCGUGGCGCAACAGUCUUUGCAGUGCCUGACGAGGCCAGCUAUGACCCUGUUGCUCUUGUCGAGCUGCUGUCGGCGCGGCAAAUAACAGAGACGCUGAUGACACCAACACUUCUGGCGACAAUCUUGGCCAGAAACACGAAGCUGGGCAGUCUCAAGAGCCUACGUACGCUGUGGUUGAACGGCGAGGUCGUGACAACAGACCUGGCGCGACGAGCAAUCAAGGCACUUCCCGAAACCACACGACUGCUUAACUGCUACAGUGCAAGUGAAACCCACGAGAUUGCGUGUGGCGUUAUCAAGGAUAUGAUCUCAGAAGAUGCAUCAGUCUGUCCAGUUGGACCACCGAUUGACCCAGAGCAUACAUACAUCCUCGACAAUGGCGGCAAGCCGGUUGAGCCUGGAUUCAGUGGAGAGUUAUUCGUUGGCGGUGGCCUGCUUGCAAGAGGUUAUCUCAAUCUCCCAGAGGUCACCGCAAAGGCUUUUGUUCCGGACCCCUUUAAUCCGGGACAGAAGAUGUAUCGUACUGGCGAUCUGGCUAGAAUCUUGCCCUCGGGCCUCCUGGAGAUCCUCGGUCGCGUAGGUGGUAUGAUCAAAGUGCGAGGCUACACGGUCCAGCCUGGCGCAGUCGAGCAUACUAUUAUGAAGCAGCUAGCCGUAAGCCAUUGUGCAGUUGUCGCUCAUGGUGAUGGACUAGAACGCCAACUUGUCGCAUACUUUGUUCGUGACGAAGACCCCAAAGGCCGCGGGGAGUUCACUGUCGAGGAGUCAGGCUACAGUCCGUCGGCGAGAAAAGUGCUCACUUCUCACUUGGCUCACUAUAUGAUCCCAGCCUUGUGGUGUGAAUUACGAGAGAUCCCCACCCAUGAAGUAUCUGGAAAGGUGGACCUUAAAGCUUUGCCUACGCCUUCUGGCACAAGAACACCGAAUGGAGCCGGUGGCCGAGACGACGGCCGCAACACUGAAGUCAAGAUCGAGACGAUUGCCAAACUGUGGGCCGCGUCCUUGAACUUGUCGGCAAGGUCGGUCACCGAGGAGCACGACUUCUUUGAUCUUGGCGGCCAUUCAUUGGCACUUGCAGAUCUUGCCAGCCGCCUCACAGAAGCUUUUGGUUUCCCCGUGCCGCUUUCGCGUCUAGCCGGCAACCCUACUCUCGAGGGUCAUGCAGAAGCCGUACGCGCUGCACGAGAUGGGCAUACUGCUGCAGUACAGGCCGAUCUCCCUAAAGUCCUGUUGGCCGACUCAACAUUGCCAGACGACAUUAAGGGCACAGGUGCUAAAAUGUGCCCACUGAGUGAAGCUGGCACUGUGUUGCUGACAGGUGUUACUGGCUAUCUGGGUGCGUUCCUGCUAACUUCAAUCUUGGCCAAUUCAACAGCCCGCGUCAUCUGCCUGGUCCGCUUCACUCAUCCGUCAGGUGAGGCGCGUGGUGAAGGUAUGUCUCGUCUGCGAAAGAACCUGAUCGACUUGGGCAUCUGGGAUCAAACCAUUCUGGAUCGUGUCGAGGUACUUCCCGGAAACUUGGGUCGCAAGCGACUCGGUCUCAUGCCCGAUGCAUUUGAAGAGCUUGCCUCCAAGGUCGAUGUCAUCAUCCACGCUGGUGCCACUGUCAACCUUGUCUAUCCCUACGCAGCCAUGCGUUCCGCCAACGUCGGCGGCACGCGGGAGAUUCUUCGCCUGGCAAGUCGAAGUGGCGCGACUGUUCACCACAUCUCCACAAAUGGUGUCCUGCCUCCUUCUUCUGAAGGCUGGAGCGAGGAUACUAUGCUGAGUAUUGAAGAAGUCCCCGAGAAGCUCCUUGAUGGGUAUGGUCAGACCAAAUGGGUUGCGGAGCAACUCGUUGUCGAGGCUGGUCGUCGGGGGUUGCCUGCCCGAAUAUACCGGCCCGGAACGAUUAGUGGACACAGUGUCCUCGGAUCAACCAACACCUACGAUCUGUUGACAGCUCUGUUUGUCGAGUCUAUCCAUCUCGGAUAUGCGCCCGACAUCAAGGGGUGGCUAGCUGAAAUGACGCCUGUCGACUUUGUCAGCAAGGCCAUCGUAACGUUGGCCAACCACAUCGAGGUGGAUCAACCGAUUUUCCACAUAGGCGACCCCAAGCCAGUCACCGCUGCUGCCCUCUAUGAAGAUCUCGCCGAGCUCGGCUACACUACUCGCAGUCUGGACUGGGAUAAUUGGGUUACACUCUGGAACGAGAAACGCGGUGCUAGCAAGUCUGGCGAUGACUCAUUUACUGCUGGAAUUCUUCGACGCGGCAUGCCCACUGUUGAUUUCCUAAGAGCGGUAACUGUUCUGAACGAUGCCAAGACCGAGCCCGCAUUGAGCCUAUACGAGCUUGAUCGUCCCAAGAUCGACAGUAAGCUCCUUGAGAUUUACACCCGAGACUGGUAUGCCAGAGGUUGGCUUCCAAAGCCUCCUGUCAGAGAGUCCUCGGGCACAGCUACACCAAAGAAGACUGGUCCAUUAGCGGGCCGCGUCGCUGUCGUCACGGGCGCCUCAUCGGGCAUUGGAGCUGCUGUGGCAUCGGCACUGUCGAGAGAAGGCGCCCAUGUGAUUCUGGCUGCUCGCCGAACUGAGGCUCUCGAGAAGCUCAAGACCAAAUUGUCCGCUACACCAGGCAAGGUCAUUGUCCACAAGACCGAUGUCACAAAUAAAGCAGAUGUCGAGUCCCUGUUCCAAGCAGCAAACUCCAUCUCCGGGUCGGGCGUUGACAUUCUGGUAUCCUGCGCAGGAGUCAUGUACUUUACCAUGAUGGCCAAUGUGCAGACGGACGAAUGGGAACGCACAGUCGAUGUCAACUGCAAGGGUCUGCUCCAUUGUCUAUCGGCCAGUGUGCCCGACAUGUUGAAGCGUGGCAGCGGCCACAUUGUUGCCAUUUCCUCAGACGCUGGCCGCAAGGUGUUCCCUGGCCUAGGCGUCUAUUCGGCCAGCAAGUUCUUUGUUGAGGCAACAUUGCAAAGCUUGCGCCUCGAGACUGCCGGAACUGGUCUUCGUGUUACCAGCAUUCAACCUGGCAACACAGCUACCGAGCUGCUGGGCAUGUCGACCGAUGCCGAAGCCAUCAAGAAAUUCGGCGAACCCAGCGGAGCCAAGGUGCUCGAUGCUGAAGAUGUAGCCGAAGCCAUUGUAUAUGCCUUGCGACAGCCAGAACAUGUCGCCGUCAACGAAAUCCUGAUUGAGCCUCGCGAUGAGCCAAUCUGA